CAAUGCACCCCCGACUGCACACCAAACUGGAUAUUAAAGAGGAAAGGGAUUCGUGAAUACAACUGAUUGUGAGCUUAAGUCGGGUUUGAAUUAUUAAUAAAAAAUUAACCGACCGACCGUCGGAAUUGUUACGCAUUUCGACGGACCAACCCUGCCGACCGAAUUGACUCUGAAAUAUUAAUGUGCACACGUAGAACUCCCCCUUUUGACAAGUACCUAUAUACAGUACAUACUGCAGAAACUGUUGGUACCCGAAAUGUGAUUCUACCGGAGUGGUGGAAUGUAUAUUUCCGAGAUAUGGAGCUGAGGGUAGGUGUGUGGGAGGCUUAAUUUGGACCAACAUAAACUAACACCCUUAAACCUUUCAAUCUGUCCUACACAAAAUACACUUUUAUUUUACUUUGAUAUACCAAAAGUUGCUUUUCUGCAGUUACGGUUGACGAGUUCGUUUAUCAGAAGAUCAAGAUCUAAUUCUUCAGCUAUAUGUUGGCGAAUAUGGAUUAUAGCUACAUCGUCCAAGUGAUCUUGCAACAUCGGUGAUGCUCAAGUAAUUGAAACAAAAUUGGAUUUUAUAAAACCGCAGACAUCUGAGUUGUGGAAUUCCACACCUACCAAAUUUCGAGGCAUUGAGUGCUCCACACCUACCAUAGUGGUUUCGCCGCCCUUGGAUUCUACAUACACUGGGCAGAGCUGAUGCUGGGGGAGGUUGGAAAGGAGUAUGGUUGAGCAUAAUCGUGAUGCUAGGAGGAUCGGGCGGUGCGGAGGGUGCGGGAAGCUGCGGGCUAGCGGAGCUGGGCUGCAAAGACGGGCAUUGCGUGCCGCUCGACGCGUACUGCGACGGUAAGGACGACUGCGGAGACGGAAGUGACGAGCCGGCAUUGUGCACGCCGUGCAACCGGACGUACCACGGGGUCGAGGGCCGGACGUACAAGCUGGUGCUCCUGCGUCCGGUUCAGGUGCGGCUACCCUUCUUCUGCCACCUGACAUUCACAGCCGGGGGUCCGGGGCACGGCGAGCUGGUCCAACUGCUCUGGGAGGAGUUCAAGAUCGGCCGAUUGGACCCUGCCGCCGAGGACGCGACGGGCAGCUGCCCCGAAGGAUCGUUGCAGCUCGCGGAGCUGGGUCGGCCCUUUACGGGGGGCUCAUGGUGCGGUGCGGGAAAGGGGCGCGCCUCCUACUACAGCGAAACGAGCACCGUGACGGCCUCCGUCAGGCUCUUCCACGCUCCGACGUCGGUCCCCUUUGAGUUCAGCCUGCGGUACCGUUUCGUCGCGCGGAGCGAGGCGAUCGCGCGGCUGGGCCAGCCGGGGCUACCGUUCGAGCGGGGGGCCCCUGUUCCGGGGACUUACUGCUCGAGGAACUUCUACGAGUGCUACCGUAAGCGGUGCCGCGUCCAGAGUCCGAACUACCCGGGGGAGUAUCCGCGCAACGCGACCUGCCUGCUGAAUCUUCGCCAGAAGGAGGUCCCCACCUGCAAGCACGCCAUGAUGGCCGUCAGGCCCAGUGCUCCGGGGCCCGCCGGCCUAGCCGCGAGUAACGCCACCCUCGCCGUCUGGCAGGACUGCCCCCCCGAACGGGACCGCAUCGUCAUUCGCGACGGCACGGGGCCCGACGACCCCGUGCUUCUCACCUACUGCGGGGGGCCCCUCCCUCGCGUCACGGCAAGGGGCCCGACCAUGCUCGUAGAAUUUCGCAGCUCGUCACUCGCCAUUCCCCUCGGCGCGUCCGCGCUCAGGCUCGAACUCGAGGCCGAGGUCGUCUUCGUCGACUCCGACGGGCUCGACUACGCCCGCGGGACCCAGGGCUGCCACUUCUUCGUUAACGGCACAGCCUGGCGCUCCGGCGUCCUCAAGGCCCCUCUUCAUUCUCUGCCGCCCGGAUCGAGCUGCACCUGGAACAUCCAGGGCCUCUCCGGCGACCGUGUAUGGAUUUACUUCUCGUCCUAUUCUCAACGUGACCUCACUGGCAACGCCGAGAGCAACGUUAGCGCUCGGACCGAUCGGCCCUGUGCCGUAAAAAUCACCCUCUGGGACGGUACACCGAGCAACGGGCUGCCCAUCGUUGCUCUUUGCGACGAAGCACCGAGACUCUGCGCUCACGCCGCUCUCCGCAAUGCCACCAGGGCCACUAGGCCAUGCACCGCCGAAGAAAGCUACCUCACUGUCGCCCCGACUCUCACUCUUAAGAUGGAAAGUUUGCCCGGAACGGUGCUGCACACAGUCAACUUUCAGGCACGGUACGAAUUCGUGGCAACGUUGCAGGGCGGCGAGAGCUGGAUCGAGGGUGCGUGCAAUCGGGUGUGGCGGAAGGUGCGGGCUGGGACAAUAACUUCACCGAGGGACGUCCGCCUCUUCGGCAGGGGCGGCGCGUCGCGGCUGGAGUGCCGAUAUCGGGUCGAGGGGGGCCCGGGUGAGCGGGUCCGUCUCACCCUGCACAACGCGAGUCUCGGGGAGCUGACGACUUGCGUGAGCGAGCGGGACUUCCACACGGGGCGACCGCGCUGCUCACCGGAAGUUGGGUCGCGAGAGGCCCACCUGACGCUCUUCGAGGCGCCCUGGCGGGACUUCAGACUGCCGCGGGCCUGCCUUUGCGACAACACCUCGCACCUGCCCCUGACCCACAUAUCGACGAGCCGGGCCCUCGAGAUCACGUUCCUCGUAGAUCAGCAAGCCCCGCACGAGGACUUCGAGACGGUAUUCUUCCACGCGAGCUUCGAGCUCGUCAGGGCGCCGGAGUGCCCCCGGAAACAGAGGGUCCGGGGCGAAGGUGGGGAGCUCAGGUUCGUCGCGCCCCCGCUGUCCAGGCCUGACAUAUACUGCGAGGGCCUCCCGUGGCUCGUUGAGGCCCGGGAAAAUCGCUCGCUGUUCCUCCUCACUUGGGGCUGGUUCCUGCCCCUGGACCCAAACCCCGCCAACGGCCAGCCCGUCGUCAGCGACGCGCCGCGAUGCCCAACGAGCAAUCGCGUCCUCUUGUACUCCGGGAAGCCACCGAAACUUCUCAAGGUCGUCUGCCCAGCCGAGCCCGGUGCCCGAGAGUACGCUGUUCACGUCUUCUCCGAGGAGUGGCUCAGCGUCGAGGGGGAGGGGGGCGUGGGCAGGGACGCCUGGCUGGGACCCCCAAAGGCCCCGGCCCUCCUCAUCGACUUCGUCGCUAGGGAGCCGGGACAGGCCGCGGCUUCUUGGCUCGAAAUAUCCAGGAGCAGAUCCGCCCUCCGGAGGCAGCUGAGACUCCCUGAACGUGGCGUCGAAAAUGACACCUCUGCAACCGGUGAUUGUCCGCACAGAUGCCCGGAACUCGGUGCCUGCAUCGCUGCCAGUCUAUGGUGCGACGGCAGGCCCCAUUGCCCGUCUGGUCACGAUGAGGAACACUGUGGAAACGGGGCAAGGCUCUUGGGCAUGCUUCCUCCAGCCGUUUGGCUCUUCGUCGCCGGGACCGCCGGCGUCGUUACGGCCUUUGCCUGUAUCCUCGCUAUCCUAAUUGGUCCAAGAAAUCGGCGCGAAGACUCCGUUACGAAGGACAGUACGAAGGAAAGAAGCCGCGCCGAGCACCAACCGAAGAGACCCUUUUGGGCGCAGCCUCCUGACAACAGCAGCCCGGUUUCGUGGAGUACAUCCACGUCGACCGGGAGACAACAGUCUAGAGACACGAUGCUGUACUUUACCGUCCAAGUUACUAACUUAACUGAAAACACCCCCAGCUGGUGCCAAGAUAUCGGCACCGUUACAGGGGCGUAUCUCUGUGAUACACCGCCACGAUCUAUUUUAGGGGACUUCUAAAGCGUGGGUGCCCCGCUUAGUCGUUAUCAUGUAUGUUAUACGAUGUUCUCACCACGGUAAACCUAUUCCCACUGCCACAUUACCGUCGUAUAUGUAUGUAUAUACGAUACACUGUUGUACUGUGGAGACGAAUUAACAAUUAACAAAUUUAACACAGCGUAGGUAGUCCGCCAUAAUUAUUACGUGUAAAAAUUACUUCGUAUGAAUGGGAAAUUUUACGGUUAUUACAGUUACCCAGAUUAAAUAGACGUGUAUUAUGGUUCAACUCCGACUUUAUGGUCAUUUUACGUAUGUACCCGUUCAUUGACGCACUAUUUGCACCCUGCACAAUUUGUUUUUCGUCCAGUGCUCUGAGAAUUGAUUUUACGCUCUUGAGCGUAACAAUGUAAACAUCUACACGCCGUAACAAUACUGAUAAACGUUUUUGGAGAAUUGUCAGGUUACAUGAAAAAAUAUUACUUUAACUUUACUACCGUGGAAAAUGGGACUGUCGAUAUAGCAACUCACAACAUUCCUGCAGUAACUUUAACAGAAAACUAUAGAACCUUCAACAAAAUACUGCGCUAGUCCCUCAUUUUCCUGAAGGGUAGUAAAUCCAACACUCAUAUUGUUCGCGCGAAACUAACGGUGACGUGGAUAUUGAAGUGAUUAUUUUCCGGUGUGAAAUAAAUAAAAAAAAAUUGUUAACCGAUUACAUAGAAACAUUUCGAACAAACGCGGUAACGUUAGUUCCAGGGUUAUAAGGCUAUAAAAGUUUAGAGCUCUUGUUCAUCUGCAGAGGGACGGUUUACAAUUAAUAAAAGCCAUCCAAAUCAGUAGAAAAACGGUACAUCUCAGCACAAACAUAAUGUAUAGAACACACGAAAAGAGAGUGAAUUACUCUAGAUGAGUUAGCCAAAUUGCAAUAAAGAUUUUUUCAAUCCUAUGGUGAAAAAACUACACUCAAAUCCGAAUCUGCUAUAAGAUAACCUAGGAUAUAGCUCAAAAUUUGACUAGAACUAUGAGUGAAGUAGAGGUAAAUUACUGAACAUGUGAAUUCAAACAGUGAGGUGAGGUCUAAUACAUGACUGCCUUUGACGCGCUUGCAAUUUUGUUAUCUCUGCCCGAUUAUUCUCUGUAUUAAUCAGUGAAUAAGCGCUUCAUUGUCCGACAAAAAAUCAUGACAGGGGAGAUUUUAUUUUAAUUUCACGGUUAUUAUAACCCCAGAAAUGAGGAAUUCAACUUCUGAAACUUUUCCGUACACUUGUGCAGAUGAAUUGCCUGUGUUUCACUCUAGCCAGUGAAUUUCAUAGACGCCUAAAAGUAGUUAGUCAAUUGCUGUCACAGUUACGGACGGUGUGUAGUACAUCAGGCUCAUCCACGCCUACGGAAUUUUUGAACUGGAAUUAAUUGCGAAUGUGAACACAGUAGUGCUUCCAUCCUCGUUAUGUGCUGAGCUAAAAUCGUCAAGUUUCUCCGCAAAGUGCACCAGGUGAAUUGUGAAAAAAAAUCCACGAAAUGAAAAUUAAAAAAAUAUUUCAAAUACCUCUCUCGCAUACAUAGGUGUACGUUAUACAUACACUUACAUAUAGGUAUACGUAUGUACUCACAAUGAGUGGGUCUAUUUUCGGUCUGUUGAGUUCAGUACUGCAAAAGAAUCAUUCUCCGGGUAGGGAUAAAAAAUCGGAAUUACCGAUUGACAGAAGGACCAGAAUAUCAAAUUUUCAUAAACGCGAAAAUCUUAUUCGUAAAAUUUUAUAAUGCGGAAAGUCCAAGAAUAGAAAAUUGAAAAUCUUCAAAGUCGAAGUACAGAAAGACAAAAUAUAGAAAGGUCAAACCAUAAAACGGCAAAAUCGCGAAUCUGAUCACGAUUCUAUAUUAUCGAGAGGAAUUCCGACGAUUCUGUAGAGUUUGGGUUUCUACGUUGUGACUUUUCUAUUCUUUUACUGCCCCGCACUUUGAAUUUAAACAUUUCGUAAUUCUACGAAUUAAGUUUCCGCUUCUUCAAAAUUUGAUAUUGUGACCCUUCGAUUUUUCGAUCCUUCCACAUUUUUACCCCCACCCUAUUCUCCAGAUAAUGUGAAGGCUGUAUAGAAAUUGUAAGUUCACGAUCAAACAAAAAGAUGAAAACAAAACACUGCCUUCCAAUUACCGAAUUUAAUUCUACGUAAACUUCACGGUAAUCUCUAGGAGUCGUCAUUACAGGUACUCCGCAAUGGGAAUCAACUCGCCGCUACUCGACUCAUUCGCUCCCUUGUUCCGGCUCCUCUCCUUUUUUUCAUCCUGGGUCAUCCCCUUUAAAAGUCCCUCGAUGGAGGUGACCCACACGUAUAUACUGCACACUAAUUAUUCCUAACACAAUCAUACUCUGCAUAUAUACACACAUUUCUACAAAAUACUGUACAUAUGCAUGUACACAUUUCCGCACAUACCGUUAUACAUACCUACAACGUUUCCACUAUGUAUAUUACACAUACGUAUAAUACUUGUACGCGGGAGCGAACUUAAUUAGCACACUCGUACAUACAUAAAUUUUCAUUCAUUCAUACGUGAUUGUAUUCACAGGAUUUUCCAUAUACUCGCCAGCGAAUCCAGUGUAGACUGCUUUCUUAAUUAGGAAACAUGAAUUACUAAACCAUAUAUAAUUAUAAAUGAACUGUUAAACUUUACGUAAAAUAUAAAGCUCUAAACCAACGAAGUAUUAGGGUAUAAACCUGUGUAUAUGUGCGCGUGUGUGCAAAUCGUAAUCAAUCAGCACAAAAUGUUUAUACAUAUUAUAACGACACAAAAUGCAGAAACAUUACAGUUUCAUUUUCAUUGCAGAUUAAAUGCACACAAGAUUAUACGCUAAUGUUCGGAGGUUCAGGUGCAGAGUUUGAUAAAUUGUUAUAGGUAAUUGAAGGCAUAUUGUAGAUAUAUGUAGAUAUAUAUAUAUUAUAUAUAUUAUAUAAAUAUAAAUAAAUUGAAUAGGGAAUUAGGUGUGGGCAAGAAUGAGUGCAAGGAAUUCGCUGCCAAUACAUGUAUUUCGAACAUACAUGUACAUACAUGUAUAAAUAUAUAUAUACCUAUAUAUAUAUGAAACAUACAAAUAUAUACACGGUGACGACAUGCUUAUACAUUAAACAUAUGUGUGUUGAAAAACGCCCUCGCAUCGUCGGACAAACAUUCCACGCUUUGUAUCCUUGGUUCAAUAUGAUUUGCAAAUUUAGUAUAUUUAUAUACAUUGUGUAUGAAUACUUUAAACGAAAUUCCGUAUUUGAAUUUAAGCAAACUUUUCAACUGUGUUUAAAGAUAUCUAAAGCUCAACUUCCGGUACAAACAAUUCUGCAUAAAAACGAUAUCCCUUUUUCUUCUAUUAAUUUUCUUCAAUCCUCUAAGAAAGUUUAAAUUCAGCGACCAAUCAUUAGGUUUUGUGGCAUUUAAUGUACAACAAGUCGCCGUGUAGAUAUAUAAUAUUGAAAAAAAAAUCGCACUGUCUGCGCGGGUCGGUAGAAUUUAUUAGGAUAGGACCGCGCAGCUAAACCAUAAUUUACAGUCACGAGUAACACAUGCUCACAAAAUUAAGCAAAAAAAAAAAAAAAAAAUACUCCUCGUGUACGUUCCACAAAUGAAAUCUCCUAUACUAUAAUUGACUAACGACCCGAUUAAUUGUAUA